AUGGCAAAUGAUAAUGAACCAACUACGUUCGAAGAAGCAUUCGAACGUUAUAUUGAAUAUCGAACACGUUUUGAACGUCUUGAAAAUGAUUUUGAUGAAUAUCAACAAUCAUCAUUAAAUUAUGAACAAGAAUUAGAAGUACAAUUAAAACAAUUAGAUAGUCAAACACAUCGUUUACAACAAGAAUUAUUUGUUGAACGUACACAAAAUGAACAAUAUCGUGAACGUAGUGAACAAACAAUCAAACAAUUUGAUAAACGUCUUGAUCAACUACAAGAAGAAUUAAAUGCUUGUAAAAAUUUAAAUGAGAAAUUAACAACUUAUAUAAGGGAAUUAGAACAAACUAAUGAUGAUCUUGAACGAAGUAAACGAACAUUGCUUGAUAGUUUAUCAACAUUUGAAACACAACUUAAUCGUGCAUUAGAGCAAAAUGCUCUAUUAGAAAAUGAACUUGAUGAAAAACAACAGUUAACUGAAACUGUUCAGCGAUUACGUGAUGAAACUAGAGAUUUACGUGAAGAACUCGAUGUAUUACAUAAAACAAACACAGAAAAAGCUAUGAAUGUAAUGAAUGCGUCCAUAAAAGGAACACCAAUUGUAAAUAGUAGUCGAAUGAAAAGUAUUCUAUCCGAAGCAGCAGCUUCCGGGACAACACCAACACAUGAUUCGACUAAUCGACAAGGCUUGAGCAACGGUCAUCACAAAGUGCCAUCGUCUUUACAUGGUCAAAAAAAUGGUGUUUCUACUCCUUCCACACCUAAACCUCCAUCAUUAUCUUCUGCUACAGAUUUUACUCGUAAUGUUAUUCCUGGUUCUCCAUCUUCAUCAGCAGAACAACAACUAACAACGAAUAUAAAUAGUCCAAAUGGUUAUUCCACAACUCUACCAAAUGAUUUUACUCAGCCAUUAUCAAUUCCAACUCGAUUACAAUCUUUGAAUUUAAUCAAUGAAGCAUUUAGACGUUUUAGUGCUAUUGAAGCAACAUUAGCAGCUCAACGUAAACAAUCUCAAAUGACAUCAUCAUCCAUAAAUUCACAUCGUUCACGACUUAACUCAACAACAAAUAAUUCUACAACUAAACAACAACAACAAAACAAUGAAUCAACUAUGGCUCAAGCACAAUCUUAA